UCCUUUCCUGGUCCGUUUCUCAGCUGAACAGGGUUACGGCCCCGCCCCCUCUGCUGACAGGGAAAGGAUAUUUGAUAUCAAACAGUCAUUUGGUUAACAGACAGGAGAAGAAGCUCUUGAACGGAGGUAAACAAUGUCAAAGAUCAAAACCCUGAAUGAGAUUGAACACCUGAAGUCUUGUGGCUAUGGCGUGCCUUGGCCCAGACAUGGCCUGCAUCUACUCUACUGGUUCUGCAACGACUACGUCUUCUUCGACAACAACAGAGACCUAGUGGCAUUAGAACAUCCCGAAACUGAAAAUUUUGGCUUCCACUUGUUUUAUAAUCGACCAGAGGAUGACGGUUAUCCACUGCUCCCAGGCAUCAACAUUCCUUAUUAUGAAGUGGGCAACUUGUUUUUCCCAGGAGCUAAUGACCUGCCUGAUGAUGUGUUGUCAAACUUCACUGAAGAAGAUCACCACAGCAACAUGGAUCGCAUCAUCAUAAGCAUUUACCCAGACAGGGAAGUAGAUAAGGUUUAUGUAACCCAGCAUCAUGGUGAGAUUGGGUUUGAUCGUCAGAACACCUUCUGCAUCAGUAAAGGUUUAGUGAGGACCAUCAGUAACCUGGAUCUGGAGGAUGGCCUGCUGAGGCGGGUGGGCUACCGCUCGAAAACAAAGUCAUCGCCCAACCUGCCAAAUUACCAUCCCUCCCACCUGCUUUCAUACACAGAGACGGCCAGAGAGCCUGCUGUUGCUCAGACACGCAUCCCCAUCAGUCCUGAGAGCAGAGGCGGGAGGAGCCUAGGUGGCGGUGAGAGAGAACUGAGAGAUGACAAGCCAGAGAGGACCUGCAACUGUGUCAUACUGUAGACUAGACCAGAGUGCAGCAGCUGGCUGUGGAGUCGGUUUCACCUGGAAAAUGAUGGACUGAUAUUUACAUCCCACGGUUUUCAUUCCAAACACAAUUGCUCCCUUGUGUUUAGUGAAUUGAUUUUGUAUCAAAUGUAAAUGAAUAAAUGUAAACUAAACAUGAAGUACUUUCUCUCCUGUUGGUGCCGUCUCUAUCUACAUAUUUUAUCUGUCUUUUAGCUCAUUUUCCCUCAUUUCCGUCCAUGACUUUUGCUCUCUGAUGAACCACCAACGAGUUCCACACAACAAACUGUCAUCGGGCAUGGACUCAUUCAUCAGAGUUGAAGAACACUUUCCUAAAUUAUGAUGGUUUUAGGGCCAGUAAAAGUUACGUCAACGCAUUUUUGGAGCUCUGUGAAUCUUUUCUUUUUGGUAGCGCGCCCAACCUCAGCCUCUCAGCGACUUUUAGUUUGUCCCAAUGUAGUCGCUACAACGGUGCUGAUGAGAACGACUUGGGGAAACUAAAAUCAUUAUUUCAUGUUCAACAUGUCAUGUUCAGGAUAGGAGACUGGUCUAAAUUGUGAGAAUUUUUCAGACCCUACCCAGUGAAUGGCCUGCACAUUCAGACGGGUAAAUAGUUAUAUUGUUAUCAAUGUUCUUAAAUGUGUGUAAUCAGACCUUCAUAAACAGGUUUGACAACUAUAA